AUGGCAAAGGGAACGUCGGACAUAGACAGGGAUGCCGUGAAGGAUCAUAUAGGUGAGAAAGUUCCCACCCUGACUUCGGCAUCUCUGAAGGCCUUUUCCAGGAAGAGGUCAUCCGGGAAGGACGACCCUUCGACAGAAGGUGAUAAAGAUAAUGUGGUCAAGGUUGCUCAAUCUAAGGAGAUUAGUUUAAAGAGAAGAAAGGUAGAGUCAGGUGUUGUAGGUCUUGAUAAGUACCUGGAGGUUUCUCAAUUGAAGGAUAAGGCUAGAGAAUUGGGUAUGAAGGACAUGACCGAGGCUUUGAAGCCGAAGGAAAAAGAGUCAGAGGUAAUGGAGAAGAUUGAGGCAUUAACUCUAAAGGUGGGUGAGCUGGUGGAGAAUGCAUUAAAGGAUGCUAAAAAUUCAAAGGAGACAAUGGCUUUUGAGAUGUUUCGGAAAGGGUUUGAUCGUGCUGUAAGUCAAAUUAAGGCUCUUGCGCCGGAUGUUAAUGUGGAUGAUAUGGAUGUAUCCAAGAUUGUGGUAAAUGGAGUAUUAGUGGAUGCUGACAUCCCGUAGGAAGGUUGUGAUGUCAAAGAGAAUGAAUGAAUGAAUGAUAGCAAAGGUUCUUAUCUUCGAUGUGACGCCAAAUGCCCUGCACCUCCUUUAUUUUCUCGCUCAGCAAGGGAGUGCCUCGCAAACAUCCAUACUCCCAAGACUGCAUCUCUCCAAGGAAAGAGCCCAAGCUAUCUGGUGGGACCAAUCCAAGCAACCCAACAACACCAUUCGAACAAGAAUGACUAACUUCAACCUGUUCAUGUAUGCUUUAUUUUAUCAGAUUUUGAAUACUGAUGUGUUUAUUCUGCUAUUAAAUAAAGUUAGACAUGUUAGUAGGAUUUCAAUGUUCAUA